GCUGGCUUCACAGACACCGUGUUUUGGUCCACACUCUAUCGCCGCUACUACUGCCAUCUGAACAACAAUUUCUUAUAAUCGCUCUCCGUCAGAUCAUAAAACCACAAACUCGAGUCGAAAAACUUAUUUCAUAAUAUAUUGUAUAUUACUCAAUUUUAAAUCGAGACAUCCGCGAAAGUUUCAAGUCAAUUGGUUCAUUAGUUUAGGCUACAGGGUAGCCGACGUGAUUCAUAGAUAUUAGAUCAAUAAAUAUACAAUACACCAAAACAAAAACAAAAUUGGAACAAAUUAUUCAACAAAAUGAUAACACUAGUUAUUAUAUAUUUGCCAGAGUACGUCUUGGACUCACAGUUGAUAAUGCAACAUACACCGAUCCAGAAGACCAGAAAUAUUCAUUAUGGAUGGAAUAGAGACUUAUUGUUCAGUUUUAUCGAAUUGUAUGAAAGCCACCCAUGCCUUUGGCGUAUGGACAAAGAAGCAAAAUUCUACAACAAGGCCGCAAAGAAACUUGCAUACAUGGAACUAGUGGAUCUGAUAAAAAAAGAUUUUCCGACUGCCGACAUUAAAUUUGUGAAAGCAAAAAUCAAAAACAUAAGAAAUUCCUUUCGCAGGGAAUAUAAUAAAGUGGAAAAUUCCCGAAGAAUUCCUGAUGGAAUUCCUAUGUACUCUACAAAGUUGUGGUACUACGAUCUUUUGCUUUUCACAAAACAUCAGAAUAUUGUAGCUGUGAGAAACUAAUCAUGAAUAGAUUGGUCGAUAAAUCCGGAACAAGAUCCAACAAGAUAGCUUCGCAACGUAUUUUUCACAUAUUAUUCAUUAAUUAAUAAUACCGUUCUAUUAGCUUUUGUAGUAGAUAGUUUAAGAUUAACAAUUUUUCAUAAUCUAAGAUUUUAGAACAUUUUUUAACUGCAUACAUUUAUAUUCAUUCACUUAUUAUUAUAUUAUUAUUAUUCUUUUUUUAUUACUACCUAUAUUUAAUCAUAUUAUCAGUAUUCAUUAUUAACAUAAAAUUAUAUAUUAUUACU